AUGGAUCCGCAAGAAUUAGUACCUUUGGAAUCGGGCCUCCCCCUCCCGCGCCCCCACCAUGGGACCAGGAACUGCUACCUGGCUCCUCGCACCUGCUACACAGCUCCACUCCGCCUGUGUCGGCUACUGGCGCUACUCUUCGGGAUGCCCACCGUAUUCCUCAUGGUACCACUGUAUUUAAGAUAUCGGGUGUUCCUUGGCCAGAUGUACCCGAUGAGUAUGACAGACAUGCGGCUGAUAGAUAGUAAGAUAUCGCCCACUUGGUGCCAGAGACAAGUGGUGCGUUCAAACACGACGUUCAACGCGUUCGUGGUGCCUGGCCCGCCGGAGCUGACUGACGAGCUAGUACCGGUGUCCAUGACGAGGGAGCUGGAGCUAGACGAUGAUAUGAAGGAGUACUGGGGGUUCUAUCUGUUGAAGGGAUCCUCGGUCACCGUGUCUGCUUGUGUGAGCUACCCUGGUGCAUCCCUCAUCAUGAUCAAAGGAUACAAGCACCUACAAGACUGCGCCUACAUAGGCGAUGACUCUUCAGAAGAGAUCAAUGAACUAAUCGAAGCCAACAGACUCGGUCUUUUAUCUGAUGAUGCGCUGAAUAAAAAAAUAUCCGAACUGAAAGUGGAGAAUGGAAAAGUCAAUAAUCCAGAAACAAUGAAGAGACACAAGUCUGGCGUCAGUUUCCAUGAUCCGAAGAACCAUGUUGAUGAGAACGUGACAUCAACAUCAUCGGAAAACUUAGCCACAGUAGACGUCACUGACCAUGAUCCUAAGGAGCUUCGAGAAAUUCUAGAACGUCUCCACGCUCUACGAGAAGCUGCGAAGAUCCAGAUAGCUAAGAACUACCGGCCACCAUCAAACAUCAUGUCUCUGCCGGCGCUGCACAGGCAUAGGGAUGCUAAUGUCGAUAAGGAAGAAAGAAAAUGGAUUUCUUUUCAAGAUAUCGAUGGGAAUGCUAGCGAAAUAUUAACAAAAUUAGAAAUAUCUACAACAGAGACUGUGCCUACUGAAGGCAAACACGAAACUCUCAAAGAAGAAAAGCCCAAUAAUACUACACCAACAUUAUUAACUAAAUUAAUAGGUAAAACAGAAGUCAAAACAACCACAGAAGAUAUCACAAAGCCAGAAGAAAACAACAAAGUUUUAACUAGUCAAGAAGAAAAAAGUAAAACAGAUCAUAAUAAAAAUGUCAAGGAAGAAGAUAAUUUAGUCGUAGUAGAAAAUGAAGAAGAAUUAACAUCAGUAGCAAUAGAAGAUACACAGGGUGAUCUGAAAAUUGUUGCUACGGAUUAUACAUCUGAGCAGAGUCCAACAAACGGAACGGAGCCGAAUUCAAAAGAAGUGUUUGAAGAUGUGCUGCACAGACUACAGGCACUGGGAGACAAGGGGAAGAGGGUGCUGAUGAGGCUGCAUGAGACCAUGGGAGUCGAAUAUGAAGAGGAGACACCAGCAACCAAAUCGAAGCCGGACAUCAUGUCGGUAGUGACGGGCAGUGGUGAGGAGUUGGACAGGCUGCGGCGAGUGCUGGUGGAAGCCAUUGACGAGGAAAAGAACAGGUCGCAGAGAGAACAAAAACGUCGUGAUGCUGCUGAACAGGCGCGUAAGAAGCGAGAGGCCAUGCUGGGCCAUAUCGAGCUCGUGAAGGAACUCAAUGAAAAUGAUGAAGAGAGAAAUCAUGCUGGGGAAAUGGAUGCAGAUGGUUACGCUGACCACCAUAUGUUAGUCAACGAGACAACUCCCCUCGACAUGAGUAACUCAGAGUUCUGGUCCUCGUUCUCCAGCAGUGAGGAGGCUCUGUUAGAGUGCGAGGGCCUGAUCCUCAACCUCCCUCUGACUCCACAUCGCCACUGCUUCAGGAAUGCUUCCGAAAAUGAAGCCUUUGCCGCUGCCAAAGCUAAUGCCCUUACUUAUAGGGUCCCAGCGAACGGCUACUACUUCUUCGUGUUCAACUCGGAGAACGAAGUACAGCGGAACUACAUCCGCGCGCGGUUCGAGCUGCAGAAGACGCGCUACGACGUGGCGCGCACCGCGCUGCGCACCUGCACCAACACCACGGCGCGCUGCGACCUGCCACUCGACAUCUUCUCCACGCAGAAGGUGGUGCUAGAAGUCCCCCUAAGGAACAACGACUCCCUAUGGAACGAGCAGUUCCUCAUCAUAUCGGAGUGUGAGCCUCGGACCUCCAUCUACAUCUUCUGCGUCAUUGCGGUGCCUAUACUUAUACUCGUGUUCGGCUUCCAAUGA